UGACAUCAUCGUCACAUGAGGUUGCAUCACACUGUUUGUGUGCGCAUGCUUCUUGUUAUUCGGGACGACGGCACGUGACUCGACGUCUUGUGAUUUCGAAUUCACAUUUGUGUUUUUGUUUCGUCUUGGGGUAACGUAAUGCCUGUACAGUCCUACAACGUUCCCGUCAUUUUACCUGAUCUUCGAAAGGAAGAGUCCCUUUAUCAAGUCGCCGAUACCCUCAACCAUCUCGAACGUGUGGCGAACGACGUGUUUAACCGAAUCAGUCGUCGUGUUGCUGAAAAUCGUGAUCGCUUGUCAGCCGUCAAUAAUCGAGUCAAUCUUGCUUUAGCGAAGAUCGAGAAAGUGAAGGGAAGUACAAAGGCAACGCGUGUGUUUAGCAGCUCUAAAUAUCCGGCUCCCGAUCAGUUAGAGGCGUCUAAAUCACUUUACACGGACGUGGAAGAGGAUGUGGAAAAUGUACGACACUCGAGGGCGAAGUUUGAAAGCCGGUUAGUGACUGUUGAUGAAAAAGUGUUGAAAGAUAAACAGCAAUUUCACAGUUGCAAUAUUGACAUUGAUCGACUGAAAAAGAAACAAAGGGAGAGGGAAAGACAACAGCAGACGGAGGAUGAUGAGGCAGGAGAAGGGUUAGGUAGGCUACCUCGAGUCAUACCUUCUGUCAGUUCUCUGCUUCUCUUCAACACAGCCGAGAACCCAUACAAGAAAUAUGUUAUGUUGGAUCCUUUAGCGGGUGUUGUUACAAAGACAAAGAAGGAUGUUGAAGAGGAAGAGCGACAGAUUGGUGCUGCACCGACAACAAUUGCUCAGAGAGAAGAGAUGGCAAGGAUGACAAGAGAAAGCUACUUCUACAAGCCAGAGAUAGGUGAAGUGCCUGAUAUUGAUGUUCCAGUUGAUCUUCCUGAUUUACCAGGAAUUGCUGGUGAUAUGACAUAUUCCUUGGAUCUGGGACCAUCCAUAGCACCUUCUGUUCCUGGCUCCAAUAUGCCAGAAUUGCCAAGCAUCGAACCUGAUAAACCUCCUGAAAUAGCUGGAGAUGUUUCAGUUCCACCACCUCCACAUGCACCUCCUGGACCUUCUGCACCUCCACCACCACCUGGAGAUGCUGCUCCUCCUCCACCACCACCACCACCACCUGGUCCUCCUCCUCCCCCAUCUGAUAUAACACCAACUUUGCCUCCAAUUGCAGGAGAGGAAGUAGAAGAGACAUCCACACCUACACCCUCUCUUCCUGCUGGUGAUGGAGGAAGAGGUGACCUACUUGCAGCAAUAAGACAAAACAAUAAAGCAAAGUUAAAAAACGCAAAAGAUAGGAAGCCUCGUAAGAAAGCAAACAUAGAAGAGGAGAAACCUGCUGCUGGUGGUGGUGAUUUGAUGAGUGAUUUAAUGGCCAAACUUUCACUCAGACGGAAGGGAAUAUCAGGAACUAAGAAGGCGGGUGACAAAGAAGGGGAAGGCUCUGUGGCUCCUGGGUUGCCACCUACGCCAAGGAGUGAUCUUAGUGGCAACCCAACCAUGGAAAGAAUGUCUGCAAUGAUUCCUGUUAGUGAGGAGGCUGAUGGCAGUGGAUCCGAAGGAGACUGGGAUGAGGAUUGAUUGAUUGCUAUUGUAGUCACUGUCAAUGUUAUUGGGUAAUGAUAAGGACCUUAGUUGUGGUUCAUAUACUUUGAUAUUUGUUGAGCUUAGCUGAUGAGAAAUCAACUAACUGUACUGCUAGAAAUCCUGUAUUUACAUGUUUACUUGGGCAGUGCAUUGUGUAUUGUGUUGACAAGGAAUAGUAAGGUUUCCCUGGUCCAGAUAGCCAGAAGGAAUGAAAUAUGUUCCCAAAGGAACUCAUAU